ACUGAAUCGCUGCAUGAUGUGGUGCCUAUCGCGUGCACCUCAACAACCUCCACAGUGGGCGCCACUGCAAACGUGCUGGCCGGUGAUCUGCUGACGAGUCUCGUCGCUUGCGCGCCACCCGCUCAUACGAGUGGCGGCGGCGGCGCAGGCCCAACUUCGUCCUCUUCUUGUACUGCUGGCGGCGGCGCCGGCGCCCAUGGUAGCGGAGCGUGUUCAUCUGGUGGUGGUGGUGGUGGCGGUGGCGCCGGCGCUUUAGGCUCAUCGGCUUCGUUUCAUACGGGGUGUAGUGGUUCGGGCGCCGGCGCCUUGGGCGCAGCUAGUGUCGGUUCUAACAGUGGCGAUUUGGCCGCGGCACUGUCGACCACGGUUGCAGCCACCACGCUGGCAUCGCUUUUCACUGGUGUUGGCUAUUCGUCCCCGCAGCUGAAUCAUUGCGCCUCGUCCGCGGCGGGAAUGGCGCCCAACAGCCCUUUCGUGGGCGCCAGCCCCCUUUCGACGAGUCCAUCGACGAUGGCGUCGGCCUUAUUGGACACGUGUGGUAUGGCGGCCGAUUUCGAGCAACUAGGUGCGGGAACGUUGAUGAGCGAGACUCCAACGCUGACCGAGACUCAAAUUGGUCGUUUGGCACAAUGCUCACUAAAACUUAUCGAGCGAUUGCCGCAAUUGGAACCNAAAUUGAUUCAAAAUAAGAAAAAAAUCAGCCGUGACCUUUUGGAGGUUAUGCAGCUGCCGUUGGGUUCACCACAACGACUGCAAGAGUACCGAAAAUAUUCGGCAAUUUAUGGUCGAUUCGACGCCAAACGAAAGCCGGACAAACCACUCACCCUACACGAGGUGUCUGUGAAUGAGGCGGCCGCGCAGCUAUGCCUAAGACAACCAGCUUUGCUCACUAGACGCGAUGAACUGUUUCCUUUGGCCAGACAGGUCAGGAAUUUUUCAAAAUAUUCCAAAAAAUUUUUUUGA